UUGUGGGGGCCCAAACGUUCCGCCAGGAGCCCAAGGAGUCCAAGGAUUGCUGUGUCAAAGUGUUGCCAGAAUUUACCAUCAGUGGGUGCCCAGUGCAACACGAGGUAUACGGACUCUUGUCUAAUCUGGAGAACCGCAACAGCACGGAGCUUCGGAGCGGGCUAAUAACAAUAAAAUAGGCAGUAAACAUAUUGCUUUGGCGCAAAAGAUAGAGAGACAGAGAGCAAAAAAAGCUAAAACAAUAUCGUCAGAGACCAAGAGACCAAGAGAGAGAGAGAGAGAGCAAGGGAGAGGGAGAGGGAGAGACACAGAGGCCCCCCCACAUCAAAUGAGCGUUAAAUUAAAAGAACGUUACCCAAACGACGCCGGAUCAGUCAGCCACUGACAACGAACCCGAAACGAACGAACCAACCGAGACAUCCGCGACGGGUAGACACAGAAAAAACAAAACAGAAACGAUCCGAUCCAAAAAGAUAAUUACAAACCAACAUAAACAGACAAAAAAACACACACAAAAAACAAUUUGGAAUAUUAACUAAUUAAAGCCAAAGCCAGAGCCAGAGGCAGAGUCAGCGAUCCAUCCACAAAAUGCGCAACGCGAAUGAAGAUCAAUCCGUAUCCGUCUCUGUGUCUGCGUCUGUAUCUGCAUCCGCGUCUGCGUCUGCCUCCCCAGUGCCCGAGGGAUGCCAGAGCCAGAGGCAGGCGGAGGACCGACAACUGACCCGGCGACUCCUCAUGGAGCUGCUGGUGAUGGUGGUGCUCGUCGUACCCAUCUGCAUCUAUGAGUUCGCGGUGGAUCCGGUGCGGCGCGGCUUCUUCUGCGACGACGAGAGCAUCAGCUACCCCUUCAAGGACAACACGAUCACGCCGGUGAUGCUGGGCCUGAUCAGCGGCCUGCUGCCGCUCGUAGUCCUGCUGCUCGUGGAGUACGUGCGGCACAUGCGCGCCGGCGAGCUGGCCACCACCGUCCACCUGCUGGGCUGGCGGAUGUCCGCCUGGUACGUGGAGCUGUUCCGGCAGACCACCUACUUCACCUUCGGCCUGCUGCUCACCUUCGACGCCACCGAGGUGGGGAAGUACACCAUCGGCCGCCUGCGGCCGCACUUUCUGGCCGUCUGCCAGCCCCAACUGACGGACAGGACCCUCUGCUCGGAUCCGGCCAACCUGCACCGCUACGUGGAGAACUACGAGUGCGCCGCCGAGGGCUACACCGUCGCGGAUGUGCGCCAGUCGCGCCUCAGCUUCCCCAGCGGCCACUCCAGCAUUGUCUUCUACUCCAUGGUCUACGUGGCGCUCUACCUGCAGCGGAAGCUCACCUGGCGCAGCUCCAAGCUGAGCCGCCACUUCCUCCAGUUCGUGGUCAUAAUGCUGGCCUGGUACACGGCCCUCAGUCGCGUCAUGGACUACUGGCACCACUGGUCCGACGUCCUCUCCGGCUCCCUGAUCGGCGUGGCCGGGGCCCUCAUCACGGCCCGCUACAUAGCGAGGUUCUUCGACUCGCCCUACGAGUCCGUCCCGGGCAUCCUCAGCGGUGGCCUGCGCAGGCAGAACACCUCGGCCACGCUCCAGGAGGAGGUGUGUCCCACCACCCCACCACCCUACUCGGCGAACAACAGCUACAACGAGGAUCAGUACUGCUCGAAGGUCUGAUCGGAGACGAUCACCAUGUACUAUAGAACAUUCCAAAGCCCCGAACGGGCCUAGGCCUGAAUAAAAUAAAGUAUCGAUGAGAUGCGAUGCGAUGCGAUAAAAUGAGAUGA